AUGGCUCACGCAGCCUCCGCAUUGAAGAAGAACCGGGACGUGGAUGUCAAUGCUAUCGAGGAUGAGAAAGAAAAGAAAAGGAGAAUUAAGAAACUAGCGUCCCGGGAACAAAAGAGAAAGUCGGACAGCAAUGCCAGUUACCUGCGAGCAGCACGGGCUGGGAACCUGGAGAAGGCCCUGGACUACCUCAAGUCUGGGGUAGAAAUCAACAUCUGCAACCAGAAUGGGUUGAAUGCUCUUCAUCUGGCCUCUAAGGAGGGUCAUGUAGAGGUGGUGGCUGAGCUGCUGAAGCUAGAAGCCAAUGUGGAUGCGGCGACCAAGAAAGGAAACACCGCUCUUCACAUAGCCUCCCUGGCCGGCCAAACGGAAGUGGUGAAAGAGCUAGUGACCAAUGGAGCCAAUGUCAACGCACAGUCUCAGAAUGGCUUCACCCCGCUCUACAUGGCAGCCCAGGAGAACCAUAUUGAGGUGGUUCGCUUCCUCCUGGAACACAACUCCAGCCAGAGUAUGGCCACCGAGGACGGGUUCACCCCUCUGGCGGUGGCGCUGCAGCAGGGGCAUGACCAAGUUGUGUCUCUGCUCCUGGAGAAUGACACCAAGGGCAAGGUGCGUCUGCCCGCCCUGCACAUCGCCGCCCGCAAGGACGACACCAAGGCAGCAGCAUUACUGCUCCAGAAUGACCGCAACGCAGAUGUGGAGUCCAAGAGUGGCUUCACUCCUCUCCACAUCGCUGCUCACUAUGGCAACAUCAACGUGGCCACGCUUCUGCUGAAUCGAGGGGGAGCUGUGGACUUCAUGGCCAGGAAUGACAUCACACCUCUCCAUGUGGCAUCUAAAAGAGGAAAUAGUAACAUGGUCAAACUGUUGUUGGACAGAGGAUCCAAAAUAGAUGCCAAGACCAAGGACGGACUGACACCUCUUCACUGUGGAGCAAGGAGCGGUCAUGAACAAGUGGUUGAGAUCCUGCUGGACCGCGGAGCCCCCAUUCUGUCCAAGACAAAGAACGGGCUGUCCCCCCUGCACAUGGCCACUCAGGGCGACCACAUCAACUGUGUCCAGCUCCUCCUUCAGAACGAUGUCCCCGUUGAUGAUGUCACCAACGACUACCUGACAGCGUUACACGUGGCCGCCCACUGUGGACACUACAAAGUGGCCAAACUCAUAGUGGACAAAAAGGCCAACCCUAACGCUAAAGCACUGAACGGCUUCACCCCGCUUCACAUCGCCUGCAAGAAGAACCGCUCCAAAGUGAUGGAGCUGCUGCUGAAACACGGAGCAUCGAUCCAGGCUGUGACAGAGUCUGGACUCACUCCUAUUCACGUGGCAGCUUUCAUGGGACAUGAGAACAUUGUCAACUCACUGACGCAUCACGGCGCUUCGCCCAACACCACCAACGUGAGGGGCGAGACAGCGCUGCACAUGGCAGCCCGGGCGGGUCAGGCGGACGUGGUGCGAUACCUGCUGCAGAAUGGAGCUAAGGUGGAGACUAAGGCCAAGGACGACCAGACGGCGCUGCACAUCUCCAGCCGGCUGGGGAAGGCCGACAUCGUCCAGCAGCUGCUGCAGAGGGGGGCUUCUGCUAACGCUGCCACCACGUCAGGCUACACACCCCUCCACCUGGCUGCCCGCGAAGGGCACGAGGACGUAGCCGCCAUGCUGCUGGACCAGGGUGCAUCGCUGUCAGCCUCCACUAAGAAAGGGUUCAGUCCUCUUCACGUGGCAGCCAAGUAUGGGAAGAUGGAAGUGGCCAGCCUGCUUCUUCAGAAGAGAGCAGCUCCGGAUGCAGCUGGAAAGAGUGGGCUAACUCCACUGCAUGUAGCUGCUCACUACGAUAAUCAGAGAGUGGCUCUACUGCUUCUGGAUCAGGGAGCAUCGCCCCACGCCGCCGCCAAGAAUGGCUACACACCCCUCCACAUAGCUGCCAAGAAGAACCAGAUGGACAUCGGGACCACCCUACUGGAGUACGGGGCGGACACCAACGCUGUGACCCGCCAGGGCAUCAGCCCUGUUCACCUGGCUGCACAGGAGGGCAGUGUGGACCUGGUCUCUCUGCUGCUCACCAAGAACGCCAGCGUCAACAUGGGCAACAAGAGCGGUCUCACACCUCUCCACUUAGCGGCGCAGGAGGACAAAGUCAACGUGGCGGAAGUCCUGCUCAACCAGGGGGCGGACGUCGACCCCUCGACAAAGAUGGGAUACACUCCGCUGCAUGUGGCUUGUCACUAUGGCAACGUCAAGAUGGCAGACUUCCUCAUACAGAACCAGGCCAGAGUUGAUGACAAAACAAAGAACGGCUACACGCCCCUCCACCAGGCGGCGCAGCAGGGCCACACCCACAUCAUCAACCUACUGCUGCAGCACGGAGCCUCUGCCAAUCAGCUGACCGUGAACGGGAGCACAGCCUUGUCCAUCGCCUGUCGUCUUGGUUACAUCUCAGUGGUGGACACUCUCAGGCCAGUGACUGAUGAGAAUCUGAACUCUGUGACUGCGACAGAAAAACACAAAAUGAACAUCCCCGAGACCAUGAACGAGUUUCUGGACAUGUCUGACGAUGAAGGUAUGAGUAUAACUAAGGCUAAUGCGCCGGAAAUUCUCAAUGACGACUGUAUUUCAGAUGUUGACGAAGGUGAGGAUGCAAUGACCGGCGACACUGACAAAUAUCUGCGGCCCCAGGACCUCAAGGAGCUGGGGGACGACUCUCUUCCACAGGAGGGCUACAUGGGGUUCAGCAUAGGAGUCCGCUCAGCGAGCCUCCGCUCCUUCAGUUCGGAUAGGUCUAACACCCUCAACCGCAGCUCCUACGCGCGAGACAGCAUGAUGAUAGAGGAGAUCCUCGCCCCGACCAAGGACACGCACCUGGCUGUAACUCGGGACUACGAUGCAGAGUGUCUGAGGCGCUACAGCUGGACCCCAGACACAAUAGAUCACAGUAACACUGUGUCCAGCCCCAUUCACUCAGGAUUCCUGGUCAGCUUCAUGGUGGAUGCCCGUGGGGGUUCCAUGAGAGGAAGUCGAAGCAACGGCAUGCGUAUCAUCAUCCCGCCCCGGAAGUGCACGGCUCCCACCCGCAUCACCUGCCGCCUGGCCAAGAGGCACAAACUGGCCUACCCCCCACCCAUGGUGGAGGGAGAGGGCCUGGUCAGCCGGCUGGUGGAGGUCGGCCCCGCAGGAGCCCAGUUUCUGGGACCUGUGAUCGUGGAGAUUCCUCAUUUCGGCUCCAUGAGGGGAAAGGAGAGGGAGCUGAUCGUGCUGAGGAGCGACAACGGUGACACAUGGAAGGAGCACCAGUACGACUGCCAUCCAAGUGACAUCACAGACAUUCUCAACGGGAUGGACGAAGAACUGGACAGCAAUGCUGAGCUGGAGAAGAAGCGUAUCUGUCGGAUCAUCACCAGGGACUUCCCCCAGUACUUUGCGGUGGUGUCCAGGAUCAAGCAGGAGAGUAACCACAUGGGUCCAGAGGGUGGGACUCUGACCAGCCUGACCGUGCCCAUGGUCCAGGCCUCCUUCCCACAGGGGGCGCUCACCAAAAAGAUACGCGUUGGCCUGCAGGCUCAGCCCGUCCCAGAUGACAUGGUGAGGAAUCUCCUCGGCAACAGGGCCACCUUCAGCCCUAUCGUUACCGUGGAGCCCAGGAGGAGGAAGUUCCACAAGCCCAUUACCAUGACGAUCCCUGUACCGCCCCGAUCGGCAGAGGGCCACCCCAGUGGACCCAGGGGAGACUCCACCCCCUGCCUGCGCCUCCUCUGCAGCAUCACAGGUGGAACAUCUCCUGCCCAGUGGGAGGACAUAACAGGGACCACUCCGCUGUCCUUCGUCACAGACUGUGUUUCCUUCACCACAAACGUGUCGGCCAGGUUCUGGCUUGCAGACUGUCACCAGAUUCCUGAGACGGUCGGUCUGGCCUCUCAGCUAUACCGGGAGCUGAUCUGUGUGCCGUAUCUGGCCAAGUUUGUGGUGUUUGCCAAGAUGAACGAUCCUGUGGAGUCACGCCUCCGCUGCUUCUGCAUGACGGACGAUAAGGUGGACAAGACUCUGGAACAACAGGAGAACUUUGAAGAGGUGGCCAGGAGCAAAGACAUUGAGGUCUUGGAGGGCAAGCCUAUCCAUGUGGAUUGCUAUGGCAACUUAUCUCCUCUUAUCAAGAGUGGGCAGCAGCUGAUCUUCAACUUUUUCUCUUUCAAAGAGAAUCGGCUUCCUUUCAAUGUGAAGGUCAGAGACAUGGGCCAAGAACCAUGUGGUCGACUCUCAUUUUUGAAAGAGCCGAAAACCACUAAAGGUCUUCCACAGACUGCCAUAUGCAAUUUGAAUAUCACACUGCCAACUCAUAAGAAGGACAUGAUCGAGUCUGAUCCUGAUGAUGAGACUGAAAAACCAGACCGACGUCAUACCUUUGCCUCCUUAGCUUUGCGUAAGCGCUACAGCUAUCUGACCGACCCUGCAGCGAAAACAACUGAUCGGAGCUCGCAGAGAACACAGCCUACUGGCUACGCUUACAAACCUGUCUUUUCAACGAGAUCUUAUCAGGCGUGGUCGGCUGUUCCUGUCUCCGUCCCUGAGCAAGCCAAGUCUGGGUUCGGUUCCCACUCCAGUUCAUCGUCCAACACGCCCAAUGCCUCUCCACUGAAGUCCGUGUGGUCCAUCACCUCGGCGUCCCCCAUCAAGUCCAACAUAGGCGGCUCACCGGCUCAUUCCAUCAAGUCAGUCAGCGACGUAGCAUCCUCCAUCAGGUCGUACAGGACAAUUUCAUCCCCAAUUAAGACUGUAGUUCAGCAGACCCCGUACCCAGUUCAGGUCACCCCCAGUCUCCUGUCAUCGCCAGUCAGAAGCGUUCCAGACCCCGUUUCCAUCAAGGGACUGGUAGCAUUGUCUUCUAGAACCUCUCCCAUCACCACUGGUGUGGGGUGUCUGCUAGAGAGGUCAUCAAUCGCCAUGAGCCCACCUGCUUCCCCCAAAUCCUCACUGAACAUGUACAGUUCAACUCUGCCAUUCAAGGGUGUCAUGGUGGGCACUGGCACCACAGCAUCGUCCUCUCCUAUAAAAACUGUUCCUGGCCUCUCCUCUGUCCGGUCCACUGCAGACCCCUUAAGUCUAUUUUCCUCCCUUUCCUCACCAAUUAAAUCCAACACUCCUCCUAGUGCUGCAGCUCUGAUCAAUGGAACAGUAUCCCCUACAAAGUACCGCUCCUCCUCGCCCACGUCCCUACUCUCCAGCAGCUUACAGGAGAGGAUACAGGCAACCACCAAUGCAGCAACGACGAGUGUAAAUGCAGCCUUUGACGAGGUUGAAAAGACUUUCAAUUCCUGCUCUGCCUCUGGAUAUGGCACUCUGAAGUCCAUGUCCUCCUCAGCGUCAUCAUCUUACCAAUCCAUAAGAUCCUCAGCCUCUAGUUCCCUAUAUGCCACUCUAAGGUCCCCACCAAACUCUACCACCACUGUCACAUCUGGCACCAUAACGGUCCCAGUGUAUUCAGUUAUAAAUGUGUUGCCAGAGCCCCAAUUUAAAAAGCUCCCUGAAGUGUCAACACCAGCUGCUGCCCUCUCAUCCUCUCGAAAAACUAUGCCUGCUGAGACAAACUCAGCCCAGUCUUCCUUUGCCAGAACUCUGUCACCUGUCAAAUCCCCCUUAUUUAUGCCCCCGACUGCCCUGAAAUCCACCACCUCAUCCCCGCUGUCCUCCAGCCAAGAGAUACUGAAGGACGUGGCAGAAAUGAAAGAGGACUUGAUACGGAUGUCUAACAUCUUGCAAACAGAACCAAGUUCAGCCUCCAAAGGUUUCCAGUCUGACUCUCCCAAAGAGGCUAAAAUAGAGGACGAGGAGCCUUGCAGAAUUGUAGAGAAAGUUAAACAGGACCUGGUCAAAGUUAGUGAGAUACUGACAAAGGAUACGGUCAAGGAUAGCAAGACGGCUAUUAAAAUGAAUAAAACAGAUGAGGCACAGUGCUCUAAACAAGCACCAGUGGAUCCCCAGCCAAGCAACUGGAGUUAUCCACCAAGAUAUGAAACAGUGGUUCCUCAAAUCAAAACUAAGACAAUACCUAUACCAGACAGAGAUUUUAAUCUAUUGAAGGUAGUAGACUACUUGACAAAUGACAUUGGCAGUGGCUCUAUCUCAAAAACUGCAGAUGCAAAGCAUAGAUCCGAUGAGGUUAGAAGGGAAGGAGAGGAGAAACAAAAACGAAUGCUUAAACCUGAGCACAAGCUGAAAAUGCCACCCCCAAACAUGCGGUCCUCUGCCUCAGAAAAGGAGCUCUGUAAACUAGCAGAUGUGCUAUUUGGGCCUGAUGCCAUGUUAGAAUCUCCAGAUGACAUCUCACAUGACCAGGACAAGAGUCCCCUCUCAGACAGUGGCUUUGAGACGAGGAGUGAAAGGACACCCUCUGCCCCACAGAGUGCGGAAGGCAUGGGACCCAAGGCACUUUUCCAGGAUAUUCCACCAGUAAUCACGGAGACAAGGACUGAGGUUGUUCGUGUUAUUAGGAGUUAUGAGUCUCCUGAAGAUAACAAGCAACCAAUGAUGGAGGAUACAAGGGCAGUUCGAUACACUGAUGCAGAACCCAAAGGUCUGAAUGCAUCCAAUGUGGACCAAACUAAAUCAUUUCAGAUGAAAAUCAGCCCGGACGAUGACUCAAUAGGCAAGAGCAUGCGUGUGAAGGAAGAGACCCACAUCACGACUACCACACGAAUGGUGUACCACAAACCACAGAGUAAAGAGAAUACAUCCGAGAGGAUGGAAGAAUCAAUGUCAGUGCAUGAUAUCAUGAAAGCUUUCCAGUCAGGCAGGGAUCCCUCCAGAGAACUUGCUGGACUGUUUGAGCACAGGGCUGGCAAUGAUGACACAUCGCAGAGGGAUAUAAACUCAAAGCCCAAAGUUGAAAGAAUAAUCGAGGUUCAUAUUGAAAAGGGCAACAAAACUGAACCAACUGAGGUUAUCAUCCGGGAAACAAAAAAUGACCCAGAGAAGGAGAUGUACUUCUACCAAGGGAACAGUGGACUGUCACGACAGGGAGAAGAGGAGCCUGAAGAAUCGCUCCCCUGUUACCUAGAGUCUUCCAGAGUAAACACGCCCAUGUCACAGGAAGACGACAGUCGUCCAAGCUCUGCACAGCUCAUGGCAGAUGACUCGUACAAAGCCCUGAAGCUUCUCAGCCAGCAGUCAGUGGAAUAUAAUGAUGAUGAAUCAUCAGAACUCAGAGGGGAGUCCUACAACUUUGCAGACAAAAUGCUUCUCUCUGAGAAACCAGACUCUUCUCACUCUGACACCGAGGAGUAUUUGAGGGACAGGUCUCAUUUUCACUCCCCAGAUAGGAGUAGUUAUAGUCAGGAACGGUCUAGUGGAUCAAGGCAAGAAUAUAUUUUGAGGUCAUCAAACAUUGACAAAUCAGGUCAAAUUGCCAAUGUAGAUGAUAACUUUGACAAACUAACAUUAUUGCAGUAUUCCUCAGAACCUGGUAGCCCAAAGCACUCUGUUUGGAUGCGUGUCACUGAUGACAGACAGAACCAGAAUAGAGAAAAGCUAAUAUAUGAAGACAGAGUAGACAGAACUGUUAAGGAAGCAGAGGAAAAGCUUAGUGAAGUCUCUCAGUUUUUUCGUGAUAAGACAGAGAAACUGAACGAUGAGCUCUCAUCCCCUGAGAAGAAGUCCCGCAGGUCAGACUUUAGGGAAACACGAUCUGGGCCUAGCUCUACGCACAGCAGUCCUGAAAGAUCAACCUAUAAGAAUGGGAGCAGUGGUGAGGAAUGUAGAGAACGUUUCAGGGACAGGUUUGGCUCCAAUGAUAGAAAAUGUGCUAGUUUACCGAGCAGCCCAGAGAGGAGAGUGUUACUACAGUAUAAUGAUGACAAUAGAAAACCAGGUGAUGGCACUUCACAGGGUAAUGCAGGUGACGCCUCUAAACCAUUUGAAAUGUCAUCCUCCAAAGUCAGCGCUGUUAGGCUAAAAUUUGAACAAGAGGCUCAGAAGCAAGAAAAGGGUCCACAAUGGGGACAAACAUCAAAUGCCCCAGUAAGAAAACUCCAGGAAAGUACGCUGCCUGUGUAUCAAGUCUUUGCUGGCUCAGAUAUCCCCAAAUCACCAGACAGUCCAGGAAGUACCAGGAAAGUUAUAGAUAGUGAGGUUAGAGGAUCUAGUGGACCAAGCCCCAGUGCUAAUAGGUAUAUAUGCUCAUCUCCUAAACACGACACAAACGGAAAUGAACAUGAAGAAAAAAAGUCCUUCAAAACUUGGGAAUGUCAUGGAAAUGGAAACUAUAAACCCCAAGUGUCAAAACUAGCUCACACGUUAGUUCAAGAUGCGCAUGGCAAUGACAGAAAUUCACAAAGAGAACUGCAGGGCUUUAGAGAUGGAAUAACCAGUAAAGAAGAGACAACCAAGAAAACUAUUUACACAGAGUUUGUGGUUCGAGAAAACCCAAAUAGUAGUGAUGUACGUACCGGUAGUCUAAAAAAAAACUCGGAAUCGCAAAUUCCUGUUAGAAUGCCGUGUAGUUUCUCAGAGAAUCAUCAAUCCACAUCAUUAAAGUUAGAUACCUCUGUUAAACUGUGUGAAAGGGCAGGAUCACAAAUACCUACUUUAGCUAGAAAUCGGUUACAUGGCAGCUCUGAAGCCAACAAAUCUACAAACGACUCAUCAGUAGAAAAAUCCUCAGAUUCUUAUGAUAGUAGUCAGUCAACUGUAGUAUGUAAUGGUAUAGAUAGCGACCAAGUAGAAUACUUGGAAAACAUAACCCCUGUAGUUGUCACUGAGGGUUUCAAAGACAUCAAACCAUUGCCAGUUUAUGUAAGCAUCCAAGUGGGCAAGCAAUAUGAAAAAGAAACAUCUGGGCUGCUGGGAACGUACCAAAAAAUAGUGAGUCACGAGAGCCGAACAGUGCACGAGACACGGGGAGCAUUUUAUACUGUCAAACAAAAACAGCCCCCAUCUCCUCAAGGCAGCCCAGAGGAUGACACUCUAGAGCAAGUCACUUUCAUGGACAGCUCUGGCAAGAGUCCUGUUACUCCUGAGACACCAAGCUCUGAGGAGGUGAGCCUUGCCUCCAGAAAGACAGAUUCCGUGAUUGGAUAUAUGCCCGGCAUGCCCAGUCCAAUAGCAGAGGAGUCUGAGGAAGACGAAGGAAAGACCUUCAUCUACAGGGAGUCUCUGCCAGAGAAAACCAAGCCUGCCUCAUCAGAACCCUCCAACAGAAACCAGGAAACAUUGAAACAACCCAAAGAGAAACGAGUCGCUUACAUUGAGUUUCCCCCACCUCCGCCUUUAGAGGCAGAGCAUUCUGACCCUGAGAAGAGGGGGUCUUGUGCCUCCUCAGAGGCUGAGACAGAGAUGAUGGAGGUGAACCUCCAAGAGGAGCAUGAUCAGCACCUCCUUGCAGAGCCCAUCAUCAGGGUUCAGCCUCCGUCUCCAAUUCCCCCUGGAGCAGAUGACAGCAACUCUAGCGAUGAUGAGUCUAUCUUCCAUCCCAUCCCCAACAAAAAGUACACCUUCAAGAUGAAGGAGAAGGAGGAAGGAGAGAAGCGUCUGAAACCCAAAAAGCCUGAGAGGAACGGAAACAACAAGGAGCCAGGUACUAAUGGCGUUGUAAAAGCAGAGGAGGAAGACUUGGAGCAAAAUGACCAGUCAAUCACAGACUGCUCCAUAGCCACAACUGAGUUCUCUCAUGACACAGAUGCUACUGAAAUAGACUCUCUCGAUGGCUAUGACCUUCAAGAUGAGGAUGAUGGGUUGAGUGAACAAGACCCUAAGACAUCCAGCCUGUCCAAUGACGGCAAGACAUGUGAUCGUUCCUUUAGUCAAUCAAAGCUUGAAGUCAUAGAGGAGGAGAAAACACCAAGUGAGGAUGGAGGGGAUAAUGGGAAAGCAAACUCAGAUCAAAACAUUGGAGAUGAAAAAGACUACACUCUCGAAGGAAGACAUCCAGAUAGACAGGGCGAUAGACAAGGCUUUGCAGAUAACUUCUUUGGCUAUCAACUCGAAGAGGAGUUAAACUCUACCUUCAAAACUGUCGCCACGAAAGGCUUAGACUUUGACCCCUGGUCAAGCAAAGGGGGUGAAGGAGUUUUUGAUGCCAAAGCGAAAGAAGAAGAUCCCAAGCCUUUCGGCUUGUCUGUGGAUGACAAGUCGCAAGCCACCACUCCAGACACUACCCCUGCUAGAACCCCGACUGACGAGAGCACACCGACUAGCGAGCCUAACCCUUUCCCCUUCCACGAGGGGAAGAUGUUUGAGAUGACGCGCAGUGGUGCAAUUGACAUGAGCAAGCGGGACUUUGUUGAAGAGAGACUUCAAUUUUUCCAGAUUGGUGAGCAUUCCUCUGAUGGGAAAUCAGGGGACAAGGGGAGAGGGGGUAAGAGUCCGGGGGUAGUUACCUCUCAGUCAAAAACAGGGGAGAGGGGUGAAGGGGUGAAGGUAGAGACUGCCACAGACAGCAGCACAUCAGCAAAGUGCAGCCCUGCACAGACUGGCACUGGCUGUAGCGAUGCUCCUUCUGGUGUCACUGUAGCCGAGACCACAUCUUCAUGCACCAUUACGGCCUCUAAAGUUGACCCCAAAUUACGCACCCCCAUUAAGAUGGGAAUAGCCGUCUCCAUUACAGUGAAAAAAGACUCUGGGGAUCUCAAAGAAUGUAAGGCAGAGAGGUCAGAAAGUCAGAUGGCAGAGUACAUUAACUUGGAAGACCAGUCAGCGGAGAGUCAGUCUAGCAGAUACACAGACCCAAAGCUGUCAGAAAGAAGAGAUUACCCUGCAGAGAACUGCAAUAACAACAAUAACCUUGAGUCCUCAAGCGUGCAGGCUAACUAUAUACAGUGUGGCAGUGUUGUGUUUAAUUUGCAGUCGUCUUCUGAACCCACACUUCAGAAAGCCAGUAGGAUUGAAGCUUUGUUCUGUAGUGACUCUGUAGAGAGAGUAGAAGAAAGCAGUGUUCAGGCUGAACAAAGAGAAAGUGAAGCCAUCAAGGAAGAUGAGACAAAGCAGCAAAAGUCUAGGCUGCCUGUCAAAGCGCCAGGGUGGUCUUUUCGUACACAAGGCACAGCAAUAGGGAAGCAAAAACCCAAACAGGUUGUCAAGGCUGAGGUCAGGAGAAGAGCAGAGCCUGUCAUUGCCAAAGUAGAGCCCAGGUCUAGAAUCCCAAUCAAAGAUAUUAAAAAGAGCAGCACAACCAGCACCCCAAUAUCAGUGCAGGUAACAGCUCAGUCUACCAGGGAGAGAGUAGCCAUACAGUUACCCUCCAGGUUCUCCAUUAAAAACAGAUCUCAGGUUAGCUCGGCAGGUGAGACAAGUAGGGAAAACGGCAGCGAGGUUUGUAAACGCACCAUCGAGUACUUUAAGGGCAUUAGCGGGGAGACGCUAAAGCUGGCCGACCGCCUGUCAGAUGAAGAGAAAAAGACACAGGGAGAACAGUCCGAGGAAGACAGCACCUCCAGGAGCACCUCUCUGUCGGCCCCCUCUCAGCCCUCCCGCUCGUCGAGGUCUGGUAGAGGCUCGAGAGCUGAGGCCGGGGCCUUGUCCGUAAGGGCUAAGGUCGACAGGGCCUCCGGCAGUGAAAGGAGCAGGAGGAGUAGGCGGACUGGUCCUCAGAGUCCCUGUGAGCGAACAGACCUGCGGAUGGCCAUCGUGGCUGACCACCUGGGACUUAGCUGGACUGAGCUAGCUCGGGAAAUGGACUUUUCUGUCGACGAGAUCAACCACAUCCGAGUGGAGAACCCCAACUCCCUGACGGCGCAGAGCUUCAUGCUACUAAAGAAAUGGGUCAGCCGGGACGGUAAAAACGCAACGACGGAUGCCUUAACUGGAGUGCUGACCAAAGUCAAUCGGAUGGAUAUUGUGACUUUACUGGAGGGGCCGAUAUUUGACUAUGGUAACAUUUCAGGCACGAGAAGUUUUGCCGAUGAUAACGCUGUUUACCUGGAUCAGGCUGAUGGUUGGCAUAGUGACACAUCCAGCGUCAACGUGGAGCCGCCCACACCCGGCCGCAGUGUGAGCUCAGACCUGCUAGACCGCCAGGAAAAUAGCCAGGAGAACUCCAGUGACUCCAUCACCUCUUCCUCUAGAGGGGAGCUAGCGAGGUCUAGGCACAAUGGCGAAAACACGGAGCUACCACCUCAGGACGGGUCACUUCCUGUAUUGCAGGACUCAGCCAAUGGAAGAACUGGACGUGGGAAGGAAGAAGGCACGCUUGUAUCUGAGAGGAAAGUCCAGGGAGAACAGGCAAAGAAUAUUCCGGGCGAAUCAGUGACAGAAGAACAGUUUACUGAUGAAGACGGUAACAUCAUCACUAGAAAAGUCAUCAGAAAGGUCAUCCGUCGGGUGUCCACGCCCACGCCUGACGACCAGGGCGGGGACAGGGGGAGUUGGGACCGAGGAGACCCCUGGCCCUGCCCUUUCUUACUGGAGGAGGAGUUAGAGCAAGGAGAUGGAGCUAAAAGCAGGAAGGAGGAGAGGAGGUCGGGAGAAAAGAAGCUUCAAUCGUAGGGGUAGCUGUGCUCCACCAGGUGUGCAGGAAUUCUUCUCAUCUGUUUCCAGGGCAGAAAGUUACAAACUGAAAAACUCAAGAAAUUUCAGCCAGGACUUGAUCCGUCUGAUUUCAAUAUGAGCAUGAAAAACUCACUCCCUGUCAAUUGAGGGACCUGGAAGGUUCUCACCGUGGAAUCUGAAUUCUAAUUGUAUGGCUCUCACAUCCUGUGGUCUAUGGACCAGGAGAAUUCUGCUUCCUGUUUGUGACUCGUAACGUGCCAUUGGUGUCGUGAGAGCUUUUGAGGAGCAUUGUGGUGACAACAAAAAGGACUCCAUCACAGAAAAACUACAGGUGCAACUGAACAUACACCUGUGACCAAAGAUGGCGCAAAAGCUCAAUUCUAGUAGUAGGAGAAAGAAAAUCAACAAAAUUACACAAAAACUAGAGGAACACUUCUGAUCCACCUCCAACACUCGCCUUAUAGUUUUUUCUUGGACCCAUAAAUGUCAGGUUGUAAAUUGCUGUGGGGUUUGUUUUCCUUUUUAAAACUAAAAAUAAUACACGGCUUUUUCCUGUAUAUAAAUUACAAUGUGUACAAUAAAAAAAAAGAUGAGUUACAGGAUGAUAAUGCACAGGAGAGAACUUUACAAGUGCUUUCAACAUUAUUAUCAAAAUGGUUCCACUUUUAAGGAAGAUUUGAGUGUAACUUCACACGUUCUUGUAUAAUUCAUUAUUAUAACAGGUAUAAUGUUUGUAUAUGAAAAAAGCUGGUUAGAUUUUAACAGAGGACAUUUCCAGAAAAUCUUCUGCGAAUUUAAGUGAUUCCUAAAAAGGGGAUGUAUCUAAUUCUGCAAAAGCAGAGUACUCAUAUUUUCAUGCAUGCCGUUCACAUUAUUUUAAGUACAAUUUUUACAAGUUUGCAAACACUGUAUUAAAAUGAGAAUUAAAACCCUUUAUCUGUGUACACAUAUAGUCCUUACAUUUGUCACCAGUUUUAUAUUUGAAAUGAAAAAAAUACCAUAAAAGCAUUUAUUGUGUCGGGGGACUAGGAACAGUAUGAAGAAAAUUUGUUCUAUAGCUUCUUGAGGGUUUAAUGUAGUCUACCGUUUGUCUAUGUAAAACUGAACGGCAGCUUCUGCAGGCAUUAGCAUAAAUGCUAUGAGAAAGAAGUUAUCUGAAUGUAUAUGCUAGUAGACUGGCUCGCCGUAAAACUAUAACUGUAUUGUGUGUAUUGGCUAUAAGGUGUAGAGUUCUCUGUACGCUGUAAGACUGUUUGUAAUCAUUUUAGCAGUGUGUCAUUUGGUUUUAUGAAGGCUGCUGUGGUUUUAAAGAAAAGGUGUAAUUUCCUUUUGGGCUUUGGUGAAGUACUUCCUUAAAUUUAAUCUACUCACAUAAAGACAUAAGACAUUAUUUGAUUGUAGCUCUUAAUAGAAUAUGUAUGACAAAAACACUGGAUGGUCAAACGAUUAUUUAAGCAUCAAAUGAAUUGUGUGAUCUUUCUUGGCUUGAGAAUCUGUAUGCAGUGUCUAACUAGCAUUCAUUUGAUAGCUCAUUGGCGAUUACUUUGCAUUAGAUCUUCUCUUUGUAUUGGUUUGACUAGAGGCCCAUGUAGUUCAAGUGUGGUGUUAUUCUGGUGUGAAGGCUCAGACUUAGUGUGAUGAUGUUUAUGCUGUGGACAUGACAACCAUGUAAAGGACUUUUUUUUUUGACAAGUGAAGUCAUUUAGGGUAUUGUAUCAUAUCUCCCAUCCUACAUGUCAAUCAGGGGGUAGAGGCUAAUUUGAUCAAUUUUGUUUGAUAUGUGUUUUCACUUGAGCUAAUUUUUUGAUGUACAAUUCUUACUAACAGAGUGAAGCCAUUGAAAUGUAACUAUUCUAGCACUUUGGUUAUUCAAAGUCUUCUUUUAGAGGCUAUAGCAGUAAUGACGCCACCACAAUGUUUCAAUUUAAAAACAAAAUAACAAAAUAAAAAUGCAUUGAUU